UCGCACAGAACGUUGGCUCGGCUGGCGGGGCACAGGUCUCGUUUGCUCGUCAUUUCUCCGAUGCUGGCGUGGUGUCUGGAUGUGUUUCUAUGUAGAAUUUCCCACUGUUCCGACUCUAUUUUGCGCAUAGUUUCAGAUAAAUAAUCGCACGGAUCAUUUGUCCCUUGCAUAUUUUGCACCUUGCGAAACUCAGACGAUAGAUCACGACUGUUUCGAAUCGUUUGGAUGCCCGUUCCAUAUAUAGCGUGUAAGUGUAGCGCUAUUACGUCACCGGUCUUAUAAAUCGAUUGUUCAGAGUAACCGCACUUCGAUAUGAAAAGAACAGUCAACUUGAGAGACAUGUCAGCCACCCGUGCCCCACCUAAACCUGCAAACCCACAAGAAUCUCAGACUAGAAAAAUUAUGCUUGGAUUGCAACAAGAGAAGAAACGUUUACGUAUGCUGAAUCAAAACGGUACAAAUCAGGUGAAUUUACCUCCGAAACAGCAACUGAAACCAGUAGUUCAGCCGAACCGUUCCCCGCCUGCAGAAGUUGGACAUCAUAUUUCCCCCACACAGCGUAACGCAUUACAGAUGGCUAACAGUACGUCGUUCGGUUACUUCAUACCUCAAGCGUCGUCUUUUGGAAACAUCAUUUUGCCCGUCAUACCGCGCAUAGGGCCUAAUCAGGCAGUUUCGCACUAGCGUAAAAUUGCAAUUCGCGGGUUAUAGUCCAUAAGCGGCGAGCACAAUGCGCUUAUAGGGAGAAGCACUUUCUAGCUGAUCGCCAAGAUGCAGUCUUAAGUUCUAUUUAAUAUUUUCCCACUUUAUAGAGCUGUAAGGAUUUUUAUUUACAAAUACUGUCAAUUGCUAGAGUAGCAAUGAUCCAAUACUUUGGACGAAUCCUCCCACUACGAGCUUCUCUGUUGAAAGGGCAAUUACGAAAACUGGGCUCUAAUGUAGAGGUUGGCCAGACGGUGACACAGACUCGUAUCUUCACUUCAGCGGACGUUGCUGAUUUUGCUCGCCUUACUGGGGAUUCGAACCCCUUACACAUAGACCCGAACUUCGCACGAGAUUCGGUUGCAUUUAAUGCUCCGAUAGUCCACGGUGCUCUUAUAAAUGGUUUCGUAUCUGGAAUUCUUGGUAUGACACUCCCAGGUCCCGGCACUGUCGCCUUUUCUCUGACCUUAAAGUUUCCAAACCCAUUAUACAUUAACGAGGCUGUUAAAGCCAAAAUUUCGAUCGAAUCCGUGAAAAAACGAUUCGUAGAAUGCGAUAUUGAAUGCACUGCAGACAGCAAAGCUGUAAUGACCGGCAGAGCUGUUGUUAUGGUUACCAAGUAGACUUUGUGACCUGAAGGUCAUUGCAACACCGAACAAAGAUUUCUAAAAUCGCGUAUAUAUACUUUGCAUUCGCUAUAACGACUUCCCGGUAGCUGUAUCAGUUCGUAUCCGAAGUAAAUUUUGUUUUGACUAUAAUCCGGCGUCUAAAAUGCUUCUACAAAGAAGUUAAAUUUAUCCAAUGCUCUAA